AGGUCGGCUGGUAUCGUGCAGGGAUUCGAGGCUGCUGCUGUGACUUGAGUAGGUCUUCUCAAAUGGUCUAAAGAUAAUCCCAGAAUGAUGGAUGGUGUCACCAAACCAGUCAGCCAUGAGCCAAGGAAGCCAGUGACACGUGCCAGCCGUGGGGAGGGCAGAGGCACGCGAGUGGUAAACAACCAAAAGCACAAACACAGAGGGAAUGGCAAACUGGGUCGAGAUGGUGACGUCAGCUCUCCAACCAUUGUUAAGAAGGGGAAACCUACAGAAUCAGCUAACGCACCUGUGGUAGACUCCAGGACCUGCAAAGAGACCUCUGUUAAUUGCACUAGUGGCUCGGUAAAUGCAGGACAGGGCCACCAGGACUUGUGUAAUACAAGAGCUAAAAAGUCCUCUUCGCCACCAGCUGAGAACUUCAGUCAGCUGAGAACCAUCGGCUCAGAGCAAAGCUGCCCACAAUCCAAAGAGGCUGGAGAAGCCCUUGAAAGUCAAAAUCUAAUUGCCCAACAUCAAACCUCCCCAGAAAGCUGCCCGGAGGAAAAGAAAGAUGUAAUACAUUCAGAUUGCCAUGCAGAGCCAUCUAUAGAUCAAGAGACAUCUCCUGUGACAUCAUCUCCACCAUGUAAAGCUGCAGAGAACAGUCCCUGCGCAGAGCCUGCCCAAGCAGACACAACGCCCACAGAUGAGUCCGUGUUAGCGGACCAAGAAUUGGGUCUGAAACAGGCAGAAGAGAGGUUGGAGAGGGACUAUAUCCACCGUCUGGAGAAGCGAUCUCCAGACUUCUCCAACUGCCAGUAUCUAUGCAAGCUGUGCUCCGUACACAUCGAGAACGUGCAGGGGGCUCACAAGCACAUUAAGGAGAAACGCCACAAAAAGAACAUCCUGGAAAAGCAGGAGGAGAAUGAACUGCGAGCUCUUCCGCCUCCUUCAGCAGCCCAGAUAGCUGCCUUAGGUGUCACUUUGGCAAAUGCAGCGAAGGAACAUGGGAUAUCUCAGGAGGACUUUCUGUCUAGAAAGGAAAUUGUGACAGAGAUGGAGAAAAUUAUCCAGAGUAAACUGCCUGAAUGUUCCCUGAGAAUGUAUGGAUCGUCACUGACCAGAUUUGCAUUUCAAACAAGUGACAUCAAUAUCGACAUAAAGUUUCCUCCAAAGAUGAGUCAGCCAGAUGUUUUAAUCCAGGUUCUUGAGAUUCUGAAGAACAGCUCUCCAUAUGUUGAUGUUGAGUCUGAUUUCCAUGCAAAGGUUCCUGUUGUAUUUUGCAAGGAUGAGAAUAGUGGGUUAACAUGCAAAGUGAGUGCUGGAAAUGACACAGCGUGCCUUACCACUGAAUUACUGGCAGCCGUUGGCAGACUAGAGCCCACUCUCAUUGCCUUGGUCUUGGCGUUCCGCUACUGGGCCAAGCUGUGUCACAUUGACUGCCAAGCAGAAGGAGGGGUCCCUUCUUACUCCUUUGCCUUAAUGGUGGUAUUUUUCCUCCAAAAAAGAAAGCCACCAAUCCUUCCAACAUAUCUGGGAUCCAGGAUAGAAGGCUUUGAAUCUAAGAGGCUGGACGAUUACCAUCUAAAGGGUAUAUAUGAAGAGAAAUAUGUGGAAUGGGAAUACAGGCCAGCCAGCAAUGAUAACAAGAACUCUUCAGGAAUGGAUGGGAGGGGGAGAGCCGAGCAGAACCACAGGAGAGCAGCUGCAUCAGAAGCAGAGAGCAGGAAGAACAAGGAGAAGAUGGGAAAGUGCCGCUUGGUGUUUGGGCAGCCUCACCAGGUAUCUCUUGGGCAGCUGUGGCUGGAAUUGCUUAGAUUUUAUACGCUGGAGUUUGCAAUGGAAGAAUAUGUGAUCAGUGUGCGAGUACAUGGCCUUAUAAGUAGAGAAACCAAGAACUGGCCAAAACGACGAAUAGCCAUCGAAGAUCCUUUUGCACUGAAGAGGAACGUUGCAAGGAGCCUUAACAGCCAGAUGGUGUACGAGUACAUUCUAGAGAGGUUCCGAGCAGCUUACAGAUACUUUGCCUGUCCACAAAGCAAAGAGAUGAACAAGUCCAGAGUGGACAAUGAUGAGAGCACCAGUCAGACGUUAUCUCAACCUGGAGAUCAAGUUGCUAACGGCAGUCUCCCAGGAGGGGAAAGGGCCAUAGACCAGGAUGGAGGGGCAGCAGAAAGCCGCAUUUCUGAGUUAGAGACAGAGGGAUGUGGUGUACUAGGUGGUCUCUCGGACAAGGUCGCUGAGGCUGUGCAAAGACUGCGUGUGGAUGGCGAUGAGGCAGUUCGUUCUACCUCUGCUUUAGAUUCAUGUGAACUAGAUAUACUUCCUUUUUCAGAGACAGACCAGGCAUCUGCACUCUUGGGGGUGAAAGGGAGCAAAAACUGUAAUGGACAAAGUUCUACAUCUAUUAAGGAUUUACAUGAUACUACUGAAGUAAAGUGUGCAUCAGAAGAGGUCUGUUCUCUGGAUGAAUCCUGCUCUGACAGCUGCCCUUCUGCUACCUCGCACUGCCACAUGAAGAAUGAAGGAAGCCUCAGUGAGGAUGAGCUCUAUUAUGUUUUUGAUAAGCUUAUAUUGACUUCUGGGAAGCCUCCCACCAUAGUCUGCGGCAUCUGCAAGCGUGAUGGACACUCAAAAGAUGACUGUCCUGAAGAUUUCAAGAAGAUUGAUCUGAAGCCCCUUCCCCCUAUGAACCUCAGAUUCCGGGAAAUACUGGACAGAGUCUGCAAGAGGUGCUAUGAUGAACUUUCCCCGAGUCCUGCUGAGCAGCAAAAUCGGGAGCAGAUCCUUAUUUACCUGGAGAGGUUUAUCCGCAAAGAAUUCAAUGGUAAUGCACGGCUGUGCUUGUUUGGCUCCUCUAAGAACGGAUUUGGUUUUCGUGACAGUGACCUUGACAUCUGUAUGACCCUUGAAGGCCAUGAGAAUGCCGAGAAACUAAACUGCAAAGAAAUAAUUGAAGGCUUGGCAAAAGUCCUUAAACGACACCCAGGCUUAAAGAACAUUUUGCCAAUAACAACAGCCAAGGUCCCCAUUGUGAAGUUUGAGCACCGAGAAAGCUGUGUAGAGGGAGACAUCAGCCUGUACAACACGCUGGCUCAGCACAACACCAGAAUGCUGGCGACGUACGCAGCCAUCGACCCUCGGGUAAAAUAUCUGGGAUAUGCUGUCAAGUUCUUUGCCAAGCGCUGUGAUAUUGGUGAUGCAUCAAGAGGAAGUCUGUCUUCCUACGCCUACAUCCUGAUGGUUCUGUAUUUCUUACAACAGAGAAACCCUCCCGUCAUACCAGUGCUACAAGAGAUUUAUGAUGGCCACAUUAUUCCGCGGAGGAUGGUGGAUGGCUGGAAUGCUUUCUUCUUUGAUAACAUGGAAGAAUUGAGAGGCCGGUUUCCAUCUCUGGGAAAGAAUGUUGAAUCCAUGGGGGAGCUUUGGCUUGGAUUUCUUAGGUUCUACACAGAGGAAUUUGAUUUUAAAGAAUACGUCAUCAGUAUCAGACAGAAAAAAUUACUAACCACAUUUGAGAAGCAGUGGACGUCUAAAUGCAUUGCUAUAGAAGAUCCGUUUGACCUCAAUCAUAAUCUUGGAGCUGGAGUCUCUAGAAAAAUGACUAAUUUUAUAAUGAAGGCAUUUAUAAAUGGAAGGAAGCUCUUUGGGACCCCAUUCUACCCACUACCUGGGCUUGAAGCAGAAUAUUUCUUUGAUUCUAAAGUCCUGACAGAUGGGGAGCUGGCUCCUAAUGACAGAUGCUGUAGAGUGUGUGGGAAGAUUGGUCAUUACAUGAAGGAUUGUCCUAAGCGAAGGAGGAUCAAAAAGAAGGAGAAUGAGAAGGAUGAUGACAAAGACAUUAAGGAGGAGGAGAGGGAACUGAGAGAGAAGAGGUGCUUCACCUGUGGCGAUGUUGGACAUGUGCGGAGAGAUUGUCCUGAAAACAACAAUGCCAGACAGAAGAACAAUAUUCUAGCCUCUCAGAUCCUAAGCCUCAUUGUCCCUCAGCAAGUUCUCACCCCUUUACAGCAGCUGGAGCGGCCAACACGCACAAGACAAGCUUCAGAAUCGUCGGAUUCCCAUCAUUCCUCUUACUCUUCUCAGACUCAACAGUUCCAGCAGAACUCCAUAAACCAGUCUCAGGCCCAGCAGAUAAAACUACAGCAAGCGUCUCAAGCACCAAAUGCUCAUCAGGUUCAGCGACCAAUGUUUAACUUCCCACACUCUCCUCCUACUCACUUCUCUCCUCUGCACAGUCUUGGGCUUCUUCCUUUGCCUCCUCAGAUCCCCAUUCACAACAACUCCUGGCCUAUGCGUGGCCAGAUCAUCCGCUCUUCUGGGAACCCCCCUCACUCUAGCGGUGUCACCUUCCCAACACGAUCUGGCAGCGGCAAUACUUCAACCACCAAUCAGAGUGCUGUUAGUCUGAAUGAUCCCAGCAUCAUCUUUGCCCAGCCUGCUGCCAGGUCUGUGGGUGUUCCCACAUCUAGUCACGAUGGACACUGGCACAAUUCCCAAACCCCCACUUCACUGGUGAGCAAUGGAAACGUGGGCAGCACAGCAGAGCAGGGAUUUCAAGGCCAGUUUGCGAAACCUCAUCCCUGGGAGCGUGGCGCUCCCUCUCACUACCCUCUUAUUCCUGGAUCAUGGCCUUACAACUUACCCCAGAACUUCCUGCAGCAGGCACCGACUGGCUUUCAUUCCAAGGCCUACUUUCCUCCAGCUGGCUCAUUGAUUCAGAAUGGACCGCAGUUCCCAGUCUUAUCACAGGGGCACCCGCACCUAAACUCCAGCUACAUCCAGCAAAAGAAAUGACAAGAAGACGGCAACUUUUCCCCCAUGAUAUUUUGGAUUUUAUUAAAUAAAACCUUCCCCCUGCCUAGACCAGAGAUCAUCACUGGCCUCUUGGGGAAUGAGAACUUUUAAUAUGUAUUAUUUGUAAAUACAUCGGCUUUAGUUUUACUGAAAUCAUUCCUUUGAGUGAUGCUAAUUUCUUUUAUUUCAUUGCCCCAUUUUGAGGGGAGCUUUAUGUUCUAUUAUGGGAAAAUAUUAAACAAAAAGAGAGCUUUUUUUUUUUAAUUGAAAUUAAUUUCCUUAUUUUCUCUGUUCAUAAAUGGGCUGCUUUGAGCUCUCUAUAAAUGUAUAUAUUUUAGUUACCAAAAUAGAAUUUUAAAGAAAAAAAAAAAAAAAAAGAAUGUAAUUUUUUAAAGGGUAAGUCUUUUAUUAUUUGGGUCUGAUGCAGGUGCCAAA